UCCACCUCGACCAGAAGAGCGGACGAAUUUUCCUUCCUGGUCUCUCUCUCUCUCUUAUCGGGACAUUGUUCUUAUCUGAGAAGUAAAAUUGGAUAACCUCCUCCCCCUCCGCCGCUUCACACAAGGACCUUCUUAAUUAAUUAAAUAUAUGGUGAAUGAAGGAUGAUGAUGACGUAAAAAAAGUGAGUACCUCCCUCUCAUUGAGUUAUUAUCUACUCAGGAAACUACUACGAACGACUUCCGGCUACGAGAGAAGAACUUGCUUAAACUGGAAAAAAAGAAAGAAUCAAAUUCUGCUGCUCCCUGCUGAUGGAGAAAGUUGCCGGAUAUCUGCUGAUUAUUCAUGAGGUGGAGGAGACAAGUAGCAAACAAGUGACGACAUCAACGACGACAGAGAUAAAUUUUAAAUUGUCACUUAAAUAUUUAACUAAAUAUGUGUAAUCUGUAAAAAGUUUGAGGGAAGAAGGAAGAAGAAUUGUGGAAUUUUUUCGUGAUAGUGUUUUUCCGUCGUUUUGAAAUUUUGUAAAGUUUCGAGUGACCUAGAAGUAAUAAUUACUGUGAAAAUAUUGCCAUGUUAUCGACGUCAUAAUGUCGUUGUGGUCACGACGAGGUGUUGUUGUUCGUGGAAAUAAAAAUCGAGAGGAAACGGAGAAGAGGGGAGUCGCCGCCGCGGGUCGUCGUCGUGUAUCCAGCAACAGGAGGGCUUAAGUGCAUGGGGAGCAGGAGGAGUGUCCCUAUCAGCACAUCGCCAAAAGCCCGUCGUCACCAAAUACCAUCCUGGAACUCAUGGAACUGGAGAACAUUGUCGCCAACACGGUCUAUCUCAAAGCCAGAGAAGCAACUGUGACAGAUAGCAAUAAAGGGAAGAGCAAAAAGUGGCGAAAGAUCCUGCAGUUUCCUCACAUCACUCAAUGCAUCGGGAUAAGAACCAAAAUAGAUGCGUCCUACAGCUACGUCGUGGACCAGCAGCCGAUCGGUCUGCUGUUAUUUCGAGCCUUUUGUGAAGCCACAAACCCCCACUAUCACAUCUGCAAUUGCUUCCUAGACGCCGUGGAGAAAUAUGAAAUCGAGUUGGACGAGAGACGCCCUGAGUUGGCGGAGUCAAUCUACAAUACUUUCCUUGCUGAGAAUUGUCCCGAGCCGGUGAAGCUGGUGGACAGGUCGUUGAUCGAACAAUGUCAGCUUCACACAGGGACGAAGGCGCAAUUCAUGGAAUGCACGAGACAGAUGAAAACCUUCCUCGCUUACGAACCCUUCCGCCUAUUCGAACAGUCCAUGUACUUCCAUCGCUACCUCCAGUGGAAGUGGCUAGAAAGCCUGCCCGUGACUCACAAGACUUUCCGGAUGUACCGCGUCCUCGGGAAGGGCGGGUUCGGGGAGGUUUGCGCCUGCCAGGUCCGCGCGACAGGGAAAAUGUACGCGUGCAAAAAACUGGAGAAGAAGCGGAUCAAAAAGCGUCGCGGCGAGGCGAUGGUUUUAACGGAGAAGCAAAUUUUGCAAAAGAUAAAUUCUCGAUUUGUCGUCUCCCUCGCAUACGCGUACGAAACGAAGGACUCGCUCUGCCUCGUCCUCACCCUCAUGAACGGAGGCGACCUUAAGUUCCACAUUUACAAUAUGGGCGCGGAACCCGGCUUUGAUGAGGACAGGGCCAAAUUCUACGCGGCUGAGGUGCUCUUAGGUUUGGAUAGUUUGCACGAAAUGGGGAUCGUGUACCGUGACUGUAAACCUGAAAAUAUCCUCCUUGACGAUCAUGGCCACGUCCGAAUUUCCGAUCUCGGCCUUGCCAUAGAAGUCCCGGAGGGCGAAACGGUCCGCGGUCGCGUCGGCACGGUCGGCUAUAUGGCCCCCGAAGUAAUUGACAACGAGCGGUACACCUUUUCCCCCGAUUGGUUCGGAUUUGGCUGCUUGCUGUACGAAAUGAUCGAGGGAGCCGCUCCGUUUCGUGCCAGGAAGGAGAAAGUGAAGCGAGAAGAGGUCGAUCGCCGAGUUAAGGAGGAUCAGGAACGCUACUCGUCCCGUUUCUGUGAUGAAGCCAAGAAUCUUUGCCAAUUGUUUUUAAAGAAAUCUCCAAAGGAGCGCCUGGGUUGUAAUUCUGGUCGGCGAGGAGCCUCUGAAGUGAAGCAGCACUCCUUUUUCGCCUCCAUCAACUGGAAACGGUUAGAGGCCGGCCUGGUCGACCCCCCGUUCGUUCCUGACCCUCACGCCGUGUAUGCGAAAGAUGUGCUGGACAUUGAGCAGUUUUCCACCGUGAAAGGGGUCAACCUGGACGCGACGGAUGACUCGUUCUACACAAAAUUUAACACGGGUUCUGUCUCCAUUCCCUGGCAGGAUGAGAUGGUGGAGACGAACUGUUUUCGCGAGCUGAACGUGUUCGGGCCGAACAACACACCGACGCCAGAUCUCCUCUUAGACUGCCCCCCUCCCCCCGAAACCAAGGGCUGCUUCCCCUUCAGGAGAAAGGCGAAAAAGAAGUCUAGAAGUAGUGUCCUGCAAAAUAGGGAAAGUUGAUUUUGUGCAGAAAAAGAUGAAAAGACAUGCUAAUUCUCCUCGUCCCCCGUCCCCUUCAUCCCCCGGACGGAGUGUCAUCUUAUCAACACUUUGUUACUCUCUCUCUCGUCAGUCUUGUGAGUUUCCAUUACACCAGCACAACUUUUUGUACCUGCCUCCCCCCAUUUUUCGUUCCCCCACUUACUGACAAACUAUAUCAUCAUAAUCAUCAGGUUAAGACUAGUAGAAAUCCUCGUCAUAUUUAUCUCCUCGUAAUGUUAGUUAAGCUGUCAUGAUAUUUCUGUUUUUUUAACGCCAAACCCAGCCAUUCCACUCCUCCCAAAAUGUAGACGUGCGUUGCGGUGGAUUCGUAUAAAGAGGUGUUUUUAGUUUAGGAAAUAUUAAAUUUCUUGGUUAAAAAUCGAGUAAAAAUUGUGAUUAUUCCCCAAAAAUUAGCUCAGGUUACUCUUCAAAAAGUGAAAGUUUGCUAAAUCGUGAUUUGCUUUUUGUUACACCGUCUCAACCGAAUUUUGAUCUUGAAUAGAUAAUUUUAUUUUUGAAAUAAUGCGAAUUUUUGUUCGGAUUUUUGAAAAUCUCGAUGGACAAAUUUCGCAGAGCGGUAACAACACAUUUGAAAAGUUUGUUAAGUUAAAUCCCGAUUUUUUUUCGUGCCAUUUUGAUCUUUUUGAAUGGGCAGAGGUAAUUUAAGUCUUGAAAUAAUGCAAAUAAUUUUCGAAUGUUUUUUUAUACCGAAAAAUGGACAAAUUUCACAAAAUACGAAUCCACCGCAACGUAAAUGCAUAACUAGGUAGCAAAAGUGAUGUGUUUUUACGACUCCGGUUCUUCCAGAUGCCAGUUUGAGGAGGGGUCGUGCGGAAAGGAUGGAGUGUAAAAUUUUUCUCUUUUUUUUACCCCUCCUCGCUUAAUACGGGAGCUUAUCGGGAGGAGCUUAUCUUAUCCGCCCGUUCUGCACGGUCCCUUCGUUACGUAUUUAAAUCUUAUUACAUAGUGCAUACUAAUUUCGUAACGGGCAUGCAACCAAGCAAAUACUGAUGCGAUUAGACGUACGAUACAUACGUAUUUAGGCCCUCCACGUGUAUGUGUAUGUAGAUACAUAGCGGAGAAAGGAAUAAAAAAUGAAGACGAAGAAAAUGGUGCGUGGAUAUGGUAGGUAGGGAAUUUUUAUCUGACUAUACACACUUAAAGACGAGGCUUACAUAAGUAAACUGUACUAAAAAUAAUAACUCAUUAAUUUUGAACGCUUGAUAAGAUGGGCCAAUUUAAUAUGAGGGAAAGUAUAGUUGUAAAGAGUAGACUAUUAUUAUUAUUAUUAUUCAUAUAGACGAGACUUAUCUUAGAAAUCGACGGGUAUCUUGUUCUUCUUCGUUCGCGUGUGUAGGACGCUUAUCUUUUCUUGCGUUAAUUAUGGAGGGGACAAAAUGGUGACGAAGGUUGACAUAAUAAAAAUAAAUAUAGGUGAAAAUUCCUUUCUUACAUUUUUAAGCUCAAUAAAAUUCGCGAGUUUCUAAUUUGUGACGAAAAAUACUUCUUACUUCUUGUGCUAUUAAAUGGAUAUCGUGUCAUGUCGUGGGAAGCGUGGGGGCAGUGUAGUUAGUUAUCAGUGGAUAAGGAGACGAAUUUAAUGCCAUAUUGCCCCCCCAUUUCCCACUCUUAUAUCUUCUUGGCUAUGUCUUUUUUCACCUUUCACUUUUAUUUCCUGGGUGGAAAUUCGUACUGGAAAUUUCUAUUUGCAAAUAAUUAAUUGGGGCUAAGAAUAUAAUAAAAAAAAUAAGACACGUCACGUAGCUUAUGGAAGUCCCAAAUAGUAGCGAGAGAAUGAGUGAAAUUUUAUCUUGUGAUGACACGUGUGUUUCAGAAAUUAAAUUGUUUAUUGUUAUUUUUUCUGUGUAAAAUUAUAUAUGCGAAUCUUUCUGUUUGGGUCAAUUUCUCCAAUUAAAAUGUACUGUUAAUUGAAUUUCAAAGUCCGGAGUAAAAUUUUACCUUUGUGACGCCACGUGCUUUUGCAAAAUUGAAUUCUUCUACUUUUUUAUUGUUUUUUUGUGUUUAGAAUUAUGCCAAUGUUUUUGUUUCUCUGUCUAACAAAAUUUUUCUAAUUAAAAAAAUGUACGGUUAAUUGUAAGCAUAAUUAAUUACUUAAAUGACACGACAUGUAUGUCUUUUUGUGGAAGGAGAAGACUUGUAAAGUAUGUAAAUUGUGCACGUGUAAAAAAAUAUUUAGCGAAUGUGGAAUGAUCUCGGACCUUGCAGGGUCUCACAAACCACGAUAAAUUAGAAUUACGAAUGCAAAUAUAGUGUCUUUUAAUGAAUUAUUAUUAUUAUUAUUUAACCCCACUUGGCAUAAUUAUCGUUAUAUUUAAUCAAGUUAAUUAAUCUUAAUAUUAAAUACUAAUUAAUAAAUGAGUAAUAACUAUGUGUGGGAAGACUAGGUAUGAUUUUAUAUCAGUAAAUUAAUCAUAAGGAUAAUAAAGAGGAUGAUAAUUUUUAAAAGGGAGGAAUAAAACAUUAUUGUGUGUGAA